GACCCCGGCGUCCCCCGCCGGGCGCCGCCAUCUUUCCCGCAUCGCCCGCCGGGCCCGCCGCCGCCAUGCCGGAGGACAAGGACUGGGACGUGUACAAGGUGCCGCCGACCCGCACCCCCGUCUCUGACAGACUCACGUCGGUGCCCAACCCCGUCACCUUCUUCCAGACCGUCUUCAACUAUGUGAUCGACGCCCCAGUCACCUUCGUCCGAGAGUGGAUCGAGCGCCAGCAGUCCAAGAACAAGUUCUAUUACUACCACCAGAAGUUCCGUCGUGUGCCUUACCUGAGCGAGUGUAUGGAGGGUGACUACCUUUGCUUCUUUGAGGCCGAAGCGCAGUGGCGGCGGGACAGGAUGGUUGAUACGGAAAUCGUGGAGAUAAUCCGGGAAAGGCUGCGUGCCUGCGAGCAAAGGGAGGGACCCAACUACCUCCAGAACUGCGCCAAGGAGGUGGAGCAGCUGGCACAGGUCACCAAGGCCUACCAGGACAGAUAUGGUGAUCUUGGUGUCCAUGGAAACGCAAGGACAUGCUUGAUGAAGCAGAAGCAGAGGAUGAUGGAGGAGAGGAAUGCAAAAGCAAAGGCAGAGGCAUCUGAGUAGAUCCAUCUGGUUGCACCUCCCUCCCUGGUGCUGGUAGUGGGUGCUGCAUGUCACAUCUUUGACACUGUUGCCUCUAAAUAAAGGUGCAGGGCAACUGGA